UUAAUCAGUUUCUGUUUUUUCUGACAGCCACAGACGCGUACGAAUUUGCGUUUUGAGAAAAAAUAACAUUAUUUCUAAUUACUUUUUUACUUCUGAUAUGAUACAUAUUCUCUCAAACUAAAAUACAUAUAGCUUUAAACAAUGAUUACGCUUAAUAGGAAAUUGAAAAAGGAUCACGCUGCAGUGGAACCUACGAAUGGGUUGACUACGAACGAAUCAGUGGUGAGAAGAAUAUCAGUGAGGGAUAAAUUGUUGAUAAAAGAAGUGCAGGAGAUGAAUGAGAACCUUCCCGCUACGUGUAGUGUAUAUUUUGAAGACCCUAACGUGUUGAGUGAGUUUAUAUUGACUGUAGCGCCUGAUGAAGGGUACUGGCUGGGAGGCAAGUUCAAAUUCAGUGUUUUUGUUACAGAAGACUAUAAUAUGGCUCCUCCACGAGUGAAAUGUUUGACAAGGUUAUGGCACCCUAAUAUAAAUGUGGACGGUGAUGUCUGUCUGUCCCUGCUGAGACAGACCUCUAUUGACGAGCACGGCUGGGCACCUACGAGGAGGCUGAAAGAUGUGGUGUGGGGACUGAACGCUUUAUUUACUGAUCUCUUAAAUUUCGAAGACCCAUUAAACAUAGAAGCAGCGGAAAUGUACAACAAGAACAAAAUUGAAUUUCAAGCUAAGGUUCAGGAAUAUAUAGCCAAGGGAAAGAGAUGAAACUUACAUAAUCAAGUCACUACUACAUAUACCUAUAUUCUAAAACAUAAUGAAUGAUGCAAUGAAUUUUAUAUAAAGGGGAAUUUAGCAUGGUAGCCAUAGUAACGAUAUAUAGGAAAUACAGUCAUUUGCUUAAUUAAGUGCUUCCAAUGUAAAUUAGGGAUCUGGUAAUACAUUUUAUGGAUGACAGAACAUUAUCUGGAAAGUUAUAGCGAUUUACUAGAGUAACUAAUUCCACACACAAAUGAUUACAGAGGACUUAGCUCGAGUUUGUUUUACGUUUAAAUAUUUCGAAACCUUAACGUUAAACGAUUGGCUGGGUCAAAUAAACCAACCAAUCAGAGCGCCGAACGCGCUCUCGUUUCGAUUUCGUUAAACGUAAAGCAAAUUCGUACUAAGGGUACUGGUACUGUAUAGUUAUUUGAUAUGCUUAGCCUGUAUUAUUGUGAUAUAGAGGUACUAUCAUACAUUAUAUUUAAUAUACAUAGUUGUGGGAAACAUAGCACUUUCUGCAAGCAAUAAAACUAGGAUGUAAAGUACUUUAAAUAAAGCACAUAAGGAAACUAUUACUAUAAUAUUUGAUAUAUUUUAUAGAAGCAUUUUUUCAUAGUUACUAUUAUCAUAGUUGCAUAUACAUAUGUACCAAAUUCAAGAGUUGAUAGCUAUUUUAAUGUUUUAAAUAUAAUAUAAUUGCAUUAUAGUACAAGUUUUGAUAUUGUUAUGAAUCAGUAGUUUGAGCAAUUAGCAGAUCAAUGCAGGUUUUAUAAUAAUUCUAAAUUUUCUAUGUAAUUAGUGAAUGAAGUAUAUUUGUUAUUGAAGCUAAGGUCACGCAAAAAUCUACCAUAUAAUGUGCCUGCGGUUGUAGUAGUUGGAGGUCGAGGGAUGUUAGAGCCAAUUAAUGAAAUGUUAUAAAUAUAAGCAAGAAGAUAUUCUGAACAAUUCUCAGCCAUCUUGCCAAUGUAAUAAGGAUUCAUAUAGGAUAAACUAUAUUAAGGUCAGAUUUUUAUAUGAAAUCUAUUAUUUACUAUUUCCAAUUUUGAAGUCCAUCAUUGUUAUAAAGUUGCUAGUAAUUGUCUAGUUCAUGUUUUAAAAACCUUUAAACUUGUUCUGCACUAAUGUUUUGUCUAUGCUCUAUGUCCCAUGCUAAAUUUCCCAAUCCUAGUUGAUUAUAUAAUGCAAUAAAUACUCCAAAAAGCGGUGAUAAUGUUUGUUUUGUGAACUGGUGUAUUUUUCAUUGACACAGUGCUAGAAGCCUUCACAGAUCUUAUGAUAGUUAAAUAAUUAAAGUCUCGAACUACAAAGUCAGAAGUGUUGUGAUAUGGUCUCAUUAUUUGCUUUUUUGUGUUUUUAUUAGUAGUUUUUGUAUUCUUCAUCAUCUAAGUCAUCAAAUCGCUACUACUACUAUCCCUAACACUAGCCCCUGUGUUACCAAUAAGUCUUUCUCUCUCCUGAAUGGCAACCAAGUCUUCGAUUCAAUGUUGUCCACCAUCGACCGUAAUUAAUAGCCAUUUUCAAUCCAAAAUCUGUGGAUUAAGAUCGAUAUUUGAUCAGUUGUAUGCCUUCAUAAACUUCUGUCAAAAGUGGAGAUCGAUCCACUUUGGAUUAAGAUGGAUUUAUUUAAUUCCGGUCGUAUACUGCCAAACUACUAGUAAUCUAUAUACCAAGUCUUCCUAUUUCCAAACACUGCUUGAAAAUACACCAGUAUAUAUUUACAAUGGAGAGUAUAAAGGUAUAGCGUGUAAAUCGUGUCUUUAAAUUAUAAUAAUGUCAUAUUUGCAUGGCGUACCACGAAUACAAUGAAAUAGUUUUUUUAAAUAAAUCAGUUUAUUAUGAUACAUUUA